GUAAGGUAUAUAGUCAGUAUUGGAUGUUCCGCAAAUAACAGACAAUAGGACGGUUAAGUAUUUCUUAUUAAUUUUGAAUUUAUGAUGCUAAGUGGAACAAUGUCUUCUAAUUAUUUUAAUAUGAUGUUUUUUUUAAAAAAAAAAAUUGUCCGGAAACUUUUUUAUUGAUGGUGUUUUCAUUGUUUCCGGUAGAAAAUUGUAUGUUGAUUGUACUUAAGAGAGUUCUGACAUUUUUGGGUUAUGGGUAUUUUUGACAAAUCAGCAGUCUCGUAUACACCACACGUCACAUUCUGAACUAAGCGGCAAACAGCUAUAUAAAUAUAUUAUAACAAUAUAGUGGUGUCUCGUUUGUGUCAUAAGAUCAAUUUUAACACCUAACCACAAGGGACGGCAUUUGACGAGAUUGUUAUAAUGGACGACUCAGCAGAAAUUUCAGUUUGCGACGGUACUUUACCCGAUGCUCGACCGAUAGAAAAACAACCCCAUCAACCGAUUGUUUGGCGCAAUGUUAUACUGUGCUCGUUGGUCCACUUGGGUGCACUAUAUGGCGUCUAUUUGGCGUUUACUUCUGCGAAAAUCACUACGACUGUUUUCGCCAUCUGUUUGUAUCAAAUUACUGCAAUUGGUAUCACCGCUGGAUCGCAUAGACUUUGGUCGCAUCGGGCGUACAAAGCGAAAUGGCAAUUACGUGUCAUUAUUAUUAUACUCAAUACCAUAGCGUUUCAGAAUUCGGUUUACGAAUGGGCCCGCGAUCAUAGGCUACACCACAAGUACACAGAUACGAAUGCCGAUCCGCACAACUCGAAUAGAGGGAUGUUUUUCUCGCACGUUGGUUGGCUACUGUGCCGGAAACACCCGGACGUCAUCGAGAAGGGUCGAACCAUUGACACCAGUGAUUUGUUGGCCGAUCCGAUCGUGGCGUUCCAAAAAAAAUAUUUUUGGUUCCUGAUAAUAUGGGCGUGUUUCAUUAUACCAACACUUAUACCGGUGUACUUUUGGGGCGAAACGUGGAGCAAUUCUUGGUACGUGGCUGUUUUGUUGCGGUACGCGCUUACACUUAACGGAAUUUGGUUGGUCAACAGCGCCGCACACAAGUGGGGAGCAAAACCAUACGAUAGGUCCAUCAACGCGGCGGAAAACCUUGCUGCGACUAUAAUGUCGGCGGGCGAGGGUUGGCACAACUACCACCACGUGUUCCCAUGGGAUUACAGGUCGGCAGAAUUGGGCAAUUACAAGUUCAACUUCACCACCACGUUCAUCGACCUGUUCACGAAAGUCGGGUGGGCGUACGACCUGAAAACCACUUCACCGGAGUUCGUGUACAGACGGGCCUUGCGUACCGGCCUGAUCGAGUCUCAGGAUGACUCGGUACCACUGCCGUGGGGCUGGAAUGACCGAGAUUUACCACAGUCGGACCGCAUGGAGGCCACGAUCGUAAACAGGAAGCAAGGUUGAUCAAUAUAAAUUAUUAUAAUUACUGUUGUUCGUAUACCUAUACUAAAUAUUAUAAUGCGUAUUAUCGCUUUAAGCCUUACACUCUGUGAAUUCGCACCAAAAAAUAUCUAAAAAAAGUGUGAACGUAUUAUAAUAUUCUCGAUGCGCAUAUUAAGAUUUAAAAGUUUACUUAUUUUACGAUUGUAAAUAUGUAUCGUAUCAAAUAAAUCGUAUAACGAAGCUGAAAAUAUUUCAGCAUUUUAUUAUAUUAUAAUAUUAUUAAGAUUAUGCUACAAUACCAUAUAACAAUAUAAUUAUAUACCACACAUCGGUCUAUAUUUACAGUAUGACAAACGUUAAAUUUUAU